AUGGGUGACUUUAUCGACAGCAAGCUCGAUUUGAGCACUAUAAAACCCUCAUUCUCGACCUCAUCUGAACCCGAGAGCCCUCGAUCCAAGUCUCUUAUCGAAGCACUUUCGCUAGAGCUUCACAUUGAAGGCGGCUACUUCCGCCAGACGGAUGCAGACCCUACGACAAUCCCCUCAACCUACUCAUCCAAACCGCUUUCAGAUCAAACACUUGCUCUUACUGGUGGUACUCGUGAGGGUUAUAGUACCAACACACGUCGUCUCUCAACCACAAUAUUUUACCUUCUCACACCACGUCAAUCAAAGGGGAACUUUCAUCGUAACCGCAGCCGAGUCAUUCACACUCUGCACCGUGGAAGGGGUCGUUAUGUUCUCAUCUAUCCUGACGGUCGCAUCGAAUCAUUUGUUGUCGGAAACGCGGUUGAGCGAGGUGAGCGCUUGCAAUGGAUUGUCGAGGGUGACGUCUGGAAGGCAAGCUAUCUGCUACCCAACGAAUCGAACCCAAGUCAUGAAACGGAUGGAACAGAGACCGAUGGUCUUCUAAUAUCAGAAACGGUGGUCCCCGGAUUUGAGUACGAAGACCACGCGUUUCUAACCCACCAAGGCAUCAAGGAGUUGUUAAAGGAGGAGCAAGUUCGCGAACUGGAGUGGCUCGUGAGAAAGUCCGAGUAA